AUGAACACCACGGGGUCCACAGGAGGCCGUGAGUCUUGUGAACAGCUGGCGGCUGGUGGGCACAGCCGGCUCAUUGUGCUGCAUUACAACCAUUCUGGCAGGCUGGCAGGGCGCGGGGGGCCGGAGGAGGGCAGCCUGGGGCCCCUGAGGAGUCUGUCAGUGGCAGCGAGCUGCUUGGUGGUGCUGGAGAACCUCCUGGUACUGGCGGCCAUCGUGACCCACAUGCGGUCGCGGCGCUGGGUCUACUAUUGCCUGGUGAACAUCACACUGAGUGACCUGCUCACCGGGGGUGCCUACCUGGCCAACGUGUUAUUGUCGGGGAAUCGCACCUUCCGCCUGGCGCCCGCCCACUGGUUCCUGCGUGAGGGGCUGCUCUUCACGGCGCUGGCUGCCUCCACCUUCAGCCUCCUGUUCACAGCUGGGGAGCGCUUCGCCACUAUGGUCCGGCCAGUGGCUGAGAGCCGGGCCACCAAGACCGGCCGUGUGUACGGCUUCAUCGGCCUGUGCUGGCUGCUGGCCGCACUGCUGGGGCUGCUGCCGCUGCUGGGCUGGAACUGCGUGUGUGCCUUCGAGCGCUGCUCCAGCCUGCUGCCGCUCUACUCCAAGCACUACAUCCUCUUCUGCCUGGUUGUCUUCGCAGGCGUGCUGGCCACCAUCACCGCUCUCUACGGGGCCAUCUUCCGCGUUGUGCAAGCCAACGGGCAGAAGGCCCCGCGUCCCGCUGCCCGUCGCAAGGCCCGCAGGCUGCUCAAGACGGUACUGCUGAUUCUGGCGGCCUUUGUCGUGUGCUGGGGCCCGCUCUUCGGCCUGCUGCUGGCCGAUGUCUUCGGCUCCAACGUCUGGGCCCAGGAGUACUUGCGGGGCAUGGACUGGAUCCUGGCCCUAGCCGUGCUCAACUCAGCGGUUAACCCCAUCAUCUACUCAUUCCGCAGCCGGGAGGUGCGUCAAGCUGUGCUUGGCUUUCUCUGCUGCGGGUGCCUCAGGCUAGGCCUGCGGGGCCCCGGGGACUGCCUGGCCAAGGCCGCUGAAGCCCACUCCGGAGCCUCCACCACCGACAGCUCACUGCGGCCGAGGGACAGCUUCCGGGGCUCCCGAUCACUCAGCUUUCGGAUGCGGGAGCCCCUGUCCAGUAUCUCCAGCGUACGGAGCAUCUGAGGACACAUGGACCCCAUGCCAGGUGCAGGCCCACAUGGGAGUCCUUGGGGUGCAGGGAGGAGUGUGUGCCAUUCAGCCCUGCCCGGAGGGGACCAAAGGA